AACGGACAUUUCGCCGUCUCGCGUAGUACGCAGUACGUCGGCAACGCACGCGCGACGGACGCGCGAAACCGAUCGACGACGACGUCAACGAGGUGGAUGAUGUGAGAUCGGAGAAUCAACGGAUUUUCCAUGCGCGAUGCGUUAGUCGAGUGCGUUUUUUUUCAAAGUAAGAUUCGUCGAAAGUAAAUUUUGGAAACGACGAGAGAAAGAGAGAGAGAAAUCGGGCCUUCAACAAUCGAUACCGUGUCGCUCGCAUUCCGCGACCACCCGUUGGCAGAUUAAGGCGGCACGCCAUGCCAUACCACGCCACGCCAGAAAUAUCGCAACACUCACUUGAGCUGCAUCUGCUUUAGACACAUCUUCCGGGUUUAUCGUAAUAUCCGGGCAAAUGCUAUACGUACAGCGCGACUAUAUCUCUCCUCGAGUCCAUUUCCAAAUUUUUCCAGGGUAUUGGCCAUUUUCAGGGACAUUGUGCAUUAAUUGUUACAAUAGAGAAUAGAAAGUAAGUUGUAUUUGGAAUUUACAGUACAAUACUGUAUUUUCUUUUGCGAUUUGUUUAUACUAAAAUGUGCAACGAUCGGUGAACCUAAACAUUUCAUAGAUUUAUACGUGUUUUAAUAUUGUGUCCGAAAAAAGAAGUGGAAAAAGCAAAGGACUGCACGUUGCAUCGUUGAAAACAAAAGCUUUCGUUUUGUCGCGUCUGACUAGUACUAAUGUUGAAUCCCUGCAAAAAUUUAUCGGGAAUAAUCGAUACAUAUUAGAGGAGUGUGUUCUAGUCGAGAAUGAGUUGCGUAUAUUUUUCAUGCGUAUGGUUCCGCAUGUCCGCUGACAAUGAGAGAUGAGAACUGACAAUGAGACUGCGAGCACAAUAAUUAUAAAAACAGAGGAUAGAAUGCGCCGCGCAUUAUUUUCGCAUUAUGCGACCGUAUAUGAAUCACAACGUUGACAGAAGUAUCACGUACGAGUUUCACUGAAAAUCGCUAUGUGAACGAGAAAAAGUAAAUCGCACGCUAUUUCAUCCACGAUCAUGCAUCCGAACGUAAUAUUACUACCGACGUUGGUGGCCUUCGUCGCUGCCGAGAGCAUUCUAAUGACGGAGGUCUUUGUCAUUCCCAUCAGACCGGAGACUUUCGACUGGAGUGCAGAUGGACACUCCGAUCAAUUUUCGUAUCAGCCUUCUUUGCUGAACGCCCCCGAUCUUCCAUCAUGGAUACAUUACACCUAUAGCAAGAAGGAUCAUCACGGUUUUCUAUACGGCGUAGCGCCUAAAGAUCAAAAGUACUUUCAGCUGGAGAUUGUGGGACUGAACAAGCACACCUACGAAACCCGUCACAAGGUGCUAGAUAUGAACGUACUCGAGAGAGAGAAUCUAACAAAGUACGAGGUGCACCUGAAAAUCGACAACCUCAACGUGGAGGACAUGUUUGAUCGCAAUCGCACUGAGAAGCUCCUCGAUAUAUUUAGGAAAAAAUUGUGGAAAGGUGCUGCGGAUCUGUACGUGACCUUUCUAGCAUCUGCGAUUGAGCUCGGAGCUCGUUUACCUUUGAAACCCAGCGAAGGUGAAGGAGUCGUCGUGAGAUUGGGCAGCACGAUGCCGUUCUCGCAAGAAUUGAAUGAAUUGCAGGAGGAAGUCAAGCCGCUAUGGAAAAUGCCGUCCUGCCCCAGAGACUUCAAGAGAACCAGCGUGGAGAUUCUCUUCCGAGAAGCUGAAUUCCGAUUGGAUUGGUGUUCCUUCAGAUUACUAGAGGAGGACCAACAGAGUCUGCAGCACGAGAGCGCUCGGCGGGGUCCCAGCGUCGUAGGACUGCCUUCGUCGGGCAUCUCCGAGCACACGGAGUGGCGUUGGGCCCGUUCGACGAAAGCAAGCGUACCCACGAGGAGCUACUUCAAAGAAAUCGCCACCACAAUUUUCGUACCGGUCAUACUACUUCUCGUGCUAGGCGCCUUGCUUAGCACCGCUUUCUGUCUACAUCACGAGAAAAUGGCAGAUCCAGAGUCAGAUGAAUAUUUCGAUGAACUGUUUAAUAUUUUCCUUAUAAGAGAACAACCCGUUAGCGAAAAGCGAGAACCUACACCAGUGGAAGGAGUCGGAAACAACGGAAUACAAAUGGUGCAAUAUGCCAUGUCAGAGAGAGGCACUCUGAAAUCUCUGUCAGCUCAACCAUCGAGUCCGAAUGAUUCUCUAUCGCGAAGUCCAAGAAUCUCUGGUGAACGUUGCAAUCCGUACAUUCGUCCAAAUCCGCCACCUUAUACCGGGCCGACUAAUUUUGCCAGCUUACGCGCCGAUUUCUGACUAUACGAGCAACCCGCGAAAACGUGGUUUUGCUAAAUGAAUAUAGCUCGCGGGUGGCUUUCAAUCAACGCGUUUCGAGGCCGAGGACUACAAACUCAUUGAAACCGACUUCAAAUUUGCAAGUUCAAUCAGAUACUAAACAUGCGCGCGCCGCUUAUUAUUGCUAACUAUAAACACGUAUUUGCGUCAUUUGUUUUGGCAAAUUGAACUGCGUCUGGAAAAUUUCUCGAAACAUGUCUUUACGAGUAGACGAGUUGCAAAUAUACUUCAUAUGUAUAUAGAAAAGCGUUUUUUUUUUUGACAAUAUGCGUUAUACAUUGUAUACAUACUAUUCUCGUAUUGUCAAAUAAACUGCAUAGCAUUUAAUGUGAUUAUGUAUAUCUUAUAAUUGUAACGCAAUAAGAGUUUUUGCAUAUAUAUAUAUAUAUAUAUA